CGCCGCCCGCGAGGGGAGAGUGCUGCCUCGGUGGUCUCCGCGCCUUCCUAGCUUCGGGGGUCGGGGCUCCGUGUCGAGGCCGCUCCUCCGGCCUUUUCUCCGUGCAGUCAGCGUGCCGCUCCUCCCCGUCCCCUGCGAGCGGUCGUGUGCCCCGCUCCGCUCCUCGUUCAGCACAAAGACACGGGGAGGGCUUCUCCGUUCUUCCGCGCCGUGGGUCGGGGCGGGCGUUCGGCCGCUGCCACCAGCGGAACCCGCGCGGCGCGGAGCGCGUUCCUUUCCGGGCCCGGAAGCGCCGAGGAACCGCAGUAACGGUGAGCGGCUGAGGUGGAGAUUAACUGCAGUAACAAACCAAGAUACCUCCAGAUACUAAUUUGGCUGUUAAAUUAAUUUCAAACCCAUAAAUUGCCUUGCUGGAAGCAAAUUCUGUGUCUUUACCAGCAUGGCUGUAGCUGUUACGUUGCUGAAUAGUGUGUGCUUACAAGGUAGAUGCUGCAGACACAAAGUUUUGCAACCUUUGCUUGGAACUCUCCGUGUUGAUUCCAUGUCAAAAUGUUACAGCAGUUACAGGAGGCCAGGGUCACAGCCUGAGGUAACACCGUCUUGGCGAAACAUUGAUUUCAGCUUUAAGAAGGGCAUUAAUGCCUUAAAGACUCAGCUAAGCUUGCUGAAGAAGGAGACCGAAGACCACCUAAAAGGACCUGACGGCCAUUCGUUCAGUCAGUACAUGUUGGAACAGACAAAAGUGAUGUGGGUGUUUCGGAGCCAGGAAGAUUUAAAUAAAUGGGUUAUUUCCUCCGAUGUGGAGAUUGGAGGAAAAAGUGAAGUUUACCUAAAAUUGGGUAGGAACAACCAGGGUGCUAUGCUGUAUGGAAUACUCAAUACUGAAGUACCUCGCGAUGGGGAGACAAAAUACAGUGGAUAUUGUACUAUGAGAGCCAAACCAGCAGUGGGAUCUUUUGCCAGGAAGAAGUAUUAUGACUGGUCAAACUUCAACAGUCUGUAUUUACGUGUCCGUGGCGAUGGCAGACCUUGGAUGGUGAACAUUUAUACAGACCCUUACUUCUCCCAUCAAAAGGAUGACCUGUACAACUACUUCAUGUUCACCCGAGGAGGACCGUACUGGGAGGAAAUAAAGAUUCCGUUCUCCAAAUUCUUUCUGUCCAGUCGAGGAAGAGUACAGGAUGACCAACACCCUAUCUGGUUAGACAAGAUCAGUACCCUUGGAUUCACACUGGGAGAUAAAGUAGAUGGUCCCUUCCAGCUGGAGAUUGAUUUUAUUGGCCUGCUAAAUGACAGAGCUCACACAGAAGAAUUUGCCUAUGAAACAUAUGAAAGGAAUCCUAGAAUAUAAGUUGGUUUUGUGUCCUUUGGAACAUUCAUCAGCUGCUUACUUAAUUUUUAAGCAUUUUAUAAAGUGUGAGAAUAUCCUUCGAAUUAUAAUUAUGUAAACAUUAAAUGUUAAGUGGAUGAAGUGUUGACUCAGUAAUCUGACUAGACUGACACUGUUGGCAUCAUCAAGCUGCCACCAACAGGCUGAGAGCUUGUACCUACAGGAACUGGAAUACAGCCUGGUGAGAGCUGCAGUACAUGCUUACUGUGUAUUAACUGCUGUCUGGGUACAUUUUAACUUUUGCCCUGAUCUUUAGGGGAAUAAAAGUAUUCUGUUAACGUGG